AUGUCCAACAGCAUUUUUCAACUCAGUGCAGUUCUUUCAGCCCACGAGCAAGAUGUUAAGGGUGUAGUGGCCAUCGAUUCCAACAAAAUUGCAAGUUGUUCUCGAGAUGGUACCGUAAGGGUCUGGCAAAAACAAUUAGAGGGCAUUUGGCAAGCCGACAUUGCGUAUCAGUCAGAUAAGUUUUUGAACAGUCUUUGUUACGAUGUUUACAGUCAGCUUCUCUUUUGCGGCGGCCAAAACACUUUAAUCAACAGCGUGGUACCAAGUUUCGGCGAAUUGACAUCCGAACCUGCAUAUGUUCUUGUAGGUCAUUUAGCCAACGUAUGUGUGCUUAAUAGUACUCAGGGAUAUAUUUUGAGUGGUAGCUGGGAUUCCACGGCUCGCGUUUGGUUUCAGGGCGCUAUCAAGCACGAGCUCAAAGGCCAUAAGGCUUCUGUUUGGGACGUAAAAAUGCUACCUCAAGUUGGCCAAUAUUUGACCGCUUCGGCAGACCAAACCAUUAAGCUGUGGCAUGGCGAAAAAGUGGUUAAAACUUUCGAUAAGAUUCAUUCAGAUGUGAUAAGACAUCUAGAUAUAAACCCCGCAGGUGAUGGGUUCGUCAGUUGCUCAAACGAUGGGACCAUCAAGAUUAACGACAUGGAAGGACAUACACUUCGCACUUUGACGGGUCAUGAAAGUUUUGUGUACUGUGUGAAAUAUGCACCUAACGGCGAUAUAGUCAGUUGCGGUGAAGAUCGCUCUGUGCGAGUCUGGGGUCCAGAUGGGGCUAUCAAACAGGUGAUACGCAUUCCGGCGGUCUCUGUGUGGGAUUUAGACAUAUUGGACAAUGGCGAUAUUGUUGUGGGUAGCAGUGACAGUGUAGUGCGCAUUUUCUCUAGCGAUCCGAGUCGUGUGGCGAGUCAAAAAGAGCUUGAUGUAUUUGCCAAAGAGAUAGAAGAAACAGCGAUUAGUUCCCAAGCGGCUGGAUUCGACGAAUCGAAGCUCUCGUCACUGGACGUUUUGCAAAAACCUGGGAAAGAAGGCCAAGUCGUCGUGGUGAAGAGCGCUUCUGGCGUAAAUGAGGCCCACCAAUUUUCCAGCGGCAAGUGGGCGAAGGUAGGCGAUUUGGUAGGCUCGGUUGGAAAUGAUCAAAAGAAGGAGUUUGAUGGGAAGAUGUACGACUAUGUGUUCGACGUCGAUGUUGAGGAAGGUGCUCCGCCUUUGAAAUUGCCCUUCAACGCGAAUGAUAAUGCUUAUCAAGCUGCAGACGACUUUCUCGCAAGGUAUGAUCUACCGGCAAGCUACAGAGAGGAAGUCGUUCGCUUCUUGAUCACGAACACGGGUGGUGUUGAUCUUCAGCAACAGGAUGCGUCGACUCAGCCGAAUGCUGAUAGCCAGGCACAGAAUCAUGCACCAACCAAUACCAACAUGGUCGUACUCCCCGUCACGACAUAUCUGGACAUAAGCUCUUACAGCGCAGACGCUAUCUUUGGGGCCAUCGCCAAACUCAACGAAAAGGAAAAAACAUUCGACGAUGAAGAUUUAGCUGCUCUGGGAGCCGGUUUGCACAACCUUAAUGACAGCGCAGAAUUGCUUCUCGCCCAGGCUUCAAUAAUCCGCUCAAAUUGGGAGAAUAAAACACCUGCGUACGACAUACUGCGCUUGAUUGUCAAUCGUCUACCGCAAGCUGAUGACAUCAGCGACUUCGUGGAAGAAGGUUUGGGUUCUUCGAAUUUGCAGUUAGAAAUGCUCACGAUUAGAGCCCUGGCUAACGCCUUUAAGAACACUGAAUGGGGUACCGAUCUCUUAUCAAAAGCUUCUGUAUACGAAUCGGUUUUUCAGACUAUUGAUGCAGACCGCGCACAGACCGCCAAGACGGGAAAUCUGGCUAUCGCUGUCACUACUUUGCUUCUGAAUUACAGUGUUAUGAUUCUGAAAGACCAGAAAGUGGAUGUUCUUCCCACCAUAGCCGAUGCGCUGAACAACAAAUAUGGGCCAUCAGAAAUAGUGCAGAAUUCUGAAGAAGCUGCAUAUCGUGCUCUUGUCGCAUAUGGUAAUUUGGCUACAGUAGAGACUACACUUCUACAAUUCGCUUCAUCCGUGAAAUGGGUCAAAUUGGUCAAAAACAACUACGGUCAUCUUUCUCGAUUUGACCAGAUACUGAACGAUUUGAACAUAGCCUGA